AUGACUUUCAAAGUUGGAGAUUUGGUGUUGCUCAAAGUAUCGCCAUGGAAGGGAAUUAUAAGAUUUGGAAGGAUAGGGAAGUUGAGUCCAAGAUUUAUUAGGCCAUUCAAGGUUCUUCAGAGAGUUGGGAACCAAGCUUACAAGCUGGAAUUGCAAGAAGAAUUGGAUGACAUUCAUAACACUUUCUACACGUGUUAUUUUAGGAAGUUCGUAGGAGAAGUCCCAAAUAUAAUUCCACUUUUGGAGAUAAGAAUUGAUAAAGAUAAGAGGUUAAUCGAAGAGCCAAAAACAAUUGUUGACCGCUAUACAAAGACGUUAUGA